GACGCGAUUGACAAAAUGUUAACCUAUGGACUAAUUGGAACGCGCAUGAGAGUGGACCUGGUGGCUGAGUUCGGGAAACGUCGUUGGGCGCAGUACGACUAUUUCUAUGUGUCCGGUCCUGAGUAUGGCUACAAACUUGCCGUGGGCUACUACUCGGGUAACGCAGGAGAUGGGUUGAAAGCUAGUUACGAUGGCACGUUUCAAACCUAUGACCGAAAGAAGGACGACUGUGUCACAUUAUAUGUUGGCGCCUGGUGGUACCCGCGUGGCUGUAGAUUCCAGGCUGGCCUCAACAACCCUUUUACAGAUCAAAUGGUUUGGUCUGACAGCGGCUUCGUGAAGUUCUCGGAGAUGAAGAUGAAGCCAUGGUCCUAACACCACCUUGUCUCCUGUACUCACUGCCUACACCGCCAGUCCACUGUUCACUGUUCUCUACAGGUUCCACUGAUGAUGUGAGCUCAGUGUACAUUAACCUCUCACAAUAGUCUAACAUCUGACCCUAGUGCAGACUACUUACUGUACUUUAAUUGUUUACUUUGAGUAUAUUGCCUGGUGAUUCUAUUAUACAUGUGUUGUAUUACUUCUUUCAGAUUUGGGUUUGCUUUGAUAAACUAACAGGUUUACAAACGUAAAAUCUAAGUUUAAUUAAUUAAUUUAGCAUUAA